AAUAACCUGCUGAGCUGAGAGGAGCGCACUAUGAGUCCAGUUUGCUGCGCUCCUUCUCACUGAAGCUUUCUCUGCAAACAGGUGGAUUUUUACUUACUUUCUGAAGGUAUCUGAGACCUAGGAAUGCCAGUUCCACCUCCUCCCCCUCCGCCUCCACUGGCACCCCCUCCACCACCACCGCCCAGCACUGCCCUGCCACAGUGUCCAUUGGAUCCUCCUAAGCAGUCUGGUGGAGGAGGAGGUGGAAGAAAUGCCCUGCUGGCCGACAUCCAGAAAGGAGCCAGGCUCAAGAAAGUCACACAUGUCAACGACCGCAGUGCCCCUGCUGUCGAUAAUGUCAAGGCUAGCACUGGAGAUGUGUCCAGCUGUGUUGGUGCUUCUCAGGGUUCAUCAGGAGGGAUGUCACCCAUGGGGCCCUCUUUAGGUGGGCUCUUUGCUGGAGGGUUUCCCACUCUUAGGCCUAUAGGUCAAAGAGACUUAGCAGGCAAGACUCCAGUGUCACGUUCAAGCUCAUCAGCUUCCAUGAAGCCGCAUUGGAACCCGCCUGCACUAGCAGACUUGAGCAGCAUCCAUGAGCCUCACAGGACGACGGAGCGAGAAAGCGUCGCCUACCAUCCACUUGCUCCCUCGUCCUCUGCCCCUCCCUCCCCCUCUCACAGCAGCAGGCCCCCUCCUCCUCUCCCUGCCUCUCCUCCACCUCCACCUGUCCCUCCCUCUGCUCCUCCCCCACCUCCCCCGCCUCAAGCCUUCCAGGACCGGCCUGCCAACAAGCCUCCACCUCUCCCUUCCUGCCCUCCCCCUCCACCUCCAUGCACAGUCACAAAGCCCACCUGGCUCCCCAUCCAGCACUCCCACCACACCUCCAUCUCCCACCCCUCUACUCCUCCUCCUCCUCCUCCACCCUACAUAUCUCCCUCCACAGUCCCAGGUGACCGCUCCUCAGGUUGCUUCUACCCUCCACUCCCCUCCCCUGCCCAUUCUGAACCGUCUAGGUUCCCCAUCCUGCGGGACAGCCCAAUGGGACCUCCUCCCCCACCUCCUCCCCCCCCUCUACCUGCCUCCUUCACCCCCAGCUGUCCAAGCACCCUGCCCCCUCCACCACCCAAGUUAGCCCCAGUGCCCUCCCCGACCAUGCAUUUUCUACCACCCUCAUACCCAUGCAACGCCCCUACCCGGCGGCCACCUGCUGUGCCCAGAAGCGCAGGUGUGGGUCGUCUGGCUCCUCCUCCAGCUCCUCCAGCACGUUCACCCACCACUGAGCUGACCAAUCGCAUUCCUCCCCCUCCACCACCUCCUCCGCUGCCCCCAUCCAGUCUCAGGAAUGGACACCUGCACAGUCUGGAUGACUUUGAAUCCAAGUUCCAGUUCCACCCUGUAGAAGACUUACCACCUCCUGAUGAAUUCAAGCCUUUCCCUCGGAUCUACCCCAGCAAAGAAAACAGAGUGAACCCCAAACCACCUGGGAUAAGGACACACCUCAGAUGAGUUAAAGCCU